GAGGGACUUAGCGCUGCCUGGUUUGACCAGCAUGUGGAAGGACAGCUCUCACGGCUGUGAUUCCAUAGAGAGCUCCUACCUGGGUGACACUUGGGGUGGGAGGCUUUCUGCUCGCUUUGCUCUUGUUUCUGAAGAUCCCGGGCACGUCUCUCGCUUGUGUCAGUGUGACUCUUGGUGGUGUUUGCACACCCUGCUUAGUGGGGGAGUGCCCCGACGUGCCUGUCUUAUGUGGCCUUUAUGGACACACUGCUCAGCUGGCAGAGAUCAGGGAAGUUUUCUCCCAGCACCCAAAAAGAGAAAGAGGAAACUACUUUUUCCUUCUGGGCUCCUUGCAGCACAAUAGAUCAGGAUAAACUCCCACAUUCCCUCCUUGGAUUUUCUGGAGUGGUCUCCAGGAAGAAGUGAAAUCCUCACCUUUAAAUGGAUGACCAUGUCACCAUCAAGAAGAAGCAUCUCCAAAGACCCAUCUUUAGACUGAGGUGCUUAGUGAAACAGCUGGAAAAAGGUGAUGUCAAUGUCGUAGACUUAAAGAAGAAUAUUGAGUAUGCAGCGUCCGUGUUGGAAGCCGUUUAUAUCGACGAAACAAGAAGAUUGCUGGAUACCGAAGAUGAGCUCAGUGACAUCCAGACUGACUCCGUCCCAUCGGAAGUCCGGGACUGGUUGGCUUCUACCUUUACACGCAAAAUGGGGAUGACGAAAAAGAAACCAGAGGAAAAACCUAAAUUUCGAAGCAUCGUACAUGCUGUCCAAGCUGGAAUUUUUGUUGAAAGGAUGUACAGGAAAAGCUAUCACAUGGUUGGCUUGGCAUAUCCAGCAGCUGUCAUAGUAACGUUAAAGGAUGUGGAUAAAUGGUCUUUUGAUGUAUUUGCCCUAAAUGAAGCAAGUGGAGAACAUAGCCUGAAGUUUAUGAUUUAUGAACUGUUUACCAGAUAUGAUCUUAUGAACCGCUUCAAGAUUCCUGUUUCUUGCCUAAUUGCCUUUGCAGAAGCUUUAGAAGUUGGUUACAGCAAGUACAAAAAUCCAUAUCAUAAUUUGAUUCACGCAGCUGAUGUCACCCAAACUGUGCAUUACAUAAUGCUCCACACAGGAAUCAUGCACUGGCUCACCGAACUGGAAAUUUUAGCAAUGGUCUUUGCAGCUGCCAUUCACGAUUAUGAGCAUACAGGGACUACGAACAACUUUCACAUUCAGACAAGAUCAGAUGUUGCCAUUUUGUACAAUGACCGCUCCGUCCUGGAGAAUCACCACGUGAGCGCGGCUUACCGCCUUAUGCAGGAAGAAGAAAUGAAUAUCUUAAUAAAUUUAUCCAAAGAUGACUGGAGGGACCUUCGGAACUUAGUGAUUGAAAUGGUGUUGUCUACAGACAUGUCGGGGCACUUCCAGCAGAUUAAAAACAUAAGGAACAGUUUGCAGCAGCCUGAAGGGAUCGACAGAGCCAAGACCAUGUCCCUGAUUCUCCACGCAGCAGACAUCAGCCACCCAGCCAAGUCCUGGAGGCUGCACUACAGGUGGACCACGGCCCUCAUGGAGGAGUUUUUCCUACAGGGAGAUAAAGAAGCAGAACUGGGGCUUCCCUUUUCCCCGCUCUGUGAUCGGAAGUCAACGAUGGUGGCCCAAUCGCAGAUAGGUUUCAUUGAUUUCAUAGUAGAGCCAACAUUUUCUCUUCUGACGGACUCAACAGAGAGAAUUGUUACCCCUCUUAUAGAGGAAGCCUCAAAAGCUGAAAGUCCUAACUAUGGGGCAAGCAGCUCAGCCACCGUUGUGGGGCUGCACAUCGCCGAUGUCAUGAGACGAUCGAAUAUGAAGGGCUCCGUGAGUGACGGGAACCUCUCACCCGACUACUCGCUGGCCGCCGUGGACCUCAAGAGCUUCAAGAACAACCUGAUGGACAUCAUUCAGCAGAACAAGGAGCGCUGGAAGGAGCUGGCCGUGCAAGGUGAACACGAUCUUCAUAAGAACUCAGAAGACUUAUCAAAUGCUGAAGAAAAACAUGCUGACACACAGCCAUAGGUCUGAAACACCUUAAAGGCUUCUGUCAUUUUAAACAUGAGAGGAUGAUGAAAACAGCUCUAAAAAAAUCCCAAGUCUUCAACUUUCCACAAAGCUAUGUUCUCCUCCUUCAGCCUGCAGCUGGAUUGGGCCACCUGGACGGAAUCUUGUAGGAGGAAUAAGAAGAACAUAAGUUGUAAGCAAGACACUGGCCAAAUAAGUACCCUGAAGUUUCUAGGGAAGCUUUUGGCCAGGGCCUCCACUACUGUUUUUUCUUCACAACUUGGCCUUCUUCAAUCAAGCCAGCGAAAUGUUUAAGACAACAUUUGGGCAGUGCUAAAUUUGCAUUACUUUUUACUGUCACAGCCCCUGCACUACCCACAUGCAGGACAAGAAGCAUUUACCUUUACUUUCUUUGAUUGUCUGAAAGAGUGCACUAACUACACAUUUUUUUCCAGGUCAAAAAUAAAAGCAAUUCAAAAAUGGAAGUGGCAAAAAUAUUUUCUGGCAGCACCGGGGAGCAGGCUGUUUAGAUUGUCCUCAUUUUAAAUGCAUGGGAACUAAAGGAGAUUUGGGGCAGCUCAGGAGAUGUGGCUGUGUCCCGAGGAAAUGGUGGACUUCCUCUCUGUGGCUCAGUGGCUGGUGCACAGGGAAGUGCUCAAGCCGAGAAGAGGUGGCACAGCCUCUUCCUGCAGCCAGAAGGCCAGCCGCACCCUUUCCUUUGGCUUUGUCACCAACAUGGCUUGGCCACAAUGAAGUCACACAUUACCGACAGCCCCAAUCGCAGCCCUUGCUGGACGCAAACACUAAAAGAGAACAGAACUUGCCUUCUGGGGUGUCAAUCCCAUCUGUGUGUGAUGAAAUAUGUUACAGGCUGGGGCAAGGACACAAGAAGUGUUUGCAUUCAUGAGUGCACGUGUGUUAAAACAUGUCUGCGGAAAGAGGAGCCCACGCUUUUCUGUAAGAUAACAUUAUUUGAUGUGACUGUUGAACUACCCUAAAAGGAAGCAAACUGGGGCCCUCAGAGGGCCUGCCUCUUGUCGUAUUUUGCCUGAGCAUGUGCAAAGCCUGCCUUCACUCCAAACUGAAGAACUACCUUUCAUUUGCUAUUAACUGACAAGAAGGGUCAAGCACAAGUCAGCGUUACAGCUUUUCACUGUACAGACAUUUUGUUGACUGCGAUCUUAAGUGAAUUUGUCUUUGGGAAAGGUGGAUAUAGGGUGCAAAGGACGGAGAAAAGUCGUCACUUAACUGAUGGACAGGAGAGGAGUCCAUCCCUCCAAGGAGCUGCCUGUCGCGCCUGCUUUCUUCCGGACAAUGCUCAGCAAUACUAGAAAUGGAUACAAUCAGAAGCUUUUGAGCCUAAGUGGUGAGAUUUUAUAACUCACACUUAGAUCUCUUCUAAAGUGUAAGCCAUACUCUACAUGCAUAUUUAGUAUGCAUCAUUGUAAUUUAAGAUACCUUUGUGUGUGGGCUACCUAGAAUGCUUUUAAAUGUUCUGUGAAUAUGGUCCUUAGCUUUAGCUUCCUCUGAAUCUUGUGCAGAAAUCAGCUAACUAACAGAAUUAUAUCAUAGAGAUGACAAUGCAAUCGAUAUUUUAAAUGUAAGUAGUCAUGGUUUAUCUAUAAUAAAAUGCUGGGGGAAAGUUUAUAGAAAUGCACAUCACGGUGACUUUUUGUCCUUUAAAAAUAGACUUUUUAUUUCUAUUUAUGGAUAAAGUGUAACUAUUGCUCUUAAAGUCUUUCUUAAUGAGCUACUUACCUACCACGCAGAAAACACUCUGAAUUUAAAAUGGAAUACGAUUGUCUGGGAACUAUAAUGCUAUGGUUCCUACUUGAGCCAGAGGGAGGAAUACAUUGCAACACUACUUCUCAAAAGGCGUUGAAGAUAUCCACUUUAUUCCUCUUCAUUCUCUAUACUGUGUUAUAAAAAAUGGAGGAAUAGAAAGAGUUGAACCAAUUUCUGUGGUUGGGCUUUAGCCGAGUUUUCAGGGUCGUGUGACUCACGAAGCCCUGCAGCAGCCCUAGCAGAAAGAGUAGGGAAGACUAGCAUCCAAUCAGCACCUGGCCUUCUGGGAGUACUUGCCUUUCGCUGCUCUCCUCCCCUCCCCAUCCCUCUCCACUUUUUCCUCCUAAUUUUCCAUAUUUCUCCCUCCUUCGCCCUCUCUGCAAACAGCAGUGAUGGGGCGCUGGCGGAAAAGGGACGGAGUUGGCACCAGCAGAAGCUACAUCCUUCCCUCUCGCUCGCCAGCCUGGCGUCCCCUCUGCCAGGAGGCCUGAGGAGUCAGGCUGCUGUCCCUGGAGCGCCCUGCUCUGCAUUCGUGCUCCCAGCUAGUCGACUUGUCCAGCCUGCAAGGCCGUGCGCCUUUCAUUUAACCAGAGCCUCAUUAAUUUAAUUUUUAACUUGAUGAUCUACAAUUCUUGUGUUUUAUUAUGCUGUCAUUCUGUAUUUCCUAUUGUAUAUGAUUGCCAAAUAAAUCAUAGUUGAUGGACAAUA